GCUGGCGUGGACCCUGCAGCAGCCGCGGUUCGCAGCGCAGUGCUGCAGACACCACCACGUCGGACAGUCCUUUCACGUGGCCCAGGGAGCGUUGCUGAGUUCUGGAGCCCAACCGGCAUUAUAUCAUAUUCCAGAAAGAAGCAUUCUGAGUUUCGAAGUCUGGCAAGCAAUCGCAACUGUCUUCAACCUGCCUAGCUCUGACGUCUCAAGAUAUAUUCGAUAAAUGAAACACUGGUUCAGGUAGCAACAUUUCCCACAUCUACGUUUGUCUUUCUUUUGUCUUUCCCUUACUCCUUGUCCAGAAAACAUGUUUGGUCAACUCAAGCUACGUUUCUUACGGCAGCACAAUAUAAAAGUUUCACUCAAGCUCCAGGUGAUCAUAUUGUCCUGUCUCGUUGCCAUCUUUUCUCUUCUCAUUCUUGCCCUCAUCACAGGCUUCUAUUUCACCACAAACUACUUGGAAUCAAGAUCCGAAAGGCUAGAAGUCAUCGCCCAGUUGAAGGCCUCGCAGAUCGAGCAGUCGCUUUCUUUAACAUACUACCAGCUAUACUGGAUAACCUCCAGAGACCUCAUACAAUCAACGCUUGCAAGCUACAAAGCUGGAAAUACCACAACCUCUGUGGGGGAAGAGGCUUUUACAUUUUUGCAGAAAUUUGUUGAUUCUUCCGAUACCUAUAUCCAAGCAAGACUAUACGAUCUAUCCUUCAACACAAUCAGCGAGGUAUCAAACAACUCUUCUGACGUUCUUGUAAAUGUCAAAGUUACUGAUACUCACACUGAUAUCGAUGACGACGCUGAUGGUGAUAGUUCCAGCUCCACCUCUGUAUCCACUGAAUCAGACUCGGCGACUUCCGGCUACAAUUCUAAUUCUAAUUCCUUAACCACCAGCGCAACCCUGAACACAACUGUUAUUGACGCCUAUUCAAAUGAAACUCUAGAAUAUUUAUAUCCACUCAACCAAAAUAUAACCACUCUACCUGCUGUCGUUCUUAAAUCUGGCCUACUAAAUGGUCCGAAAUACGACUUUCGUUCAAAAAGAUAUGUAAUGUCAAUGACUCUCCCCAUUUAUGCAAACCUAUCGGUUCUAAUCAAAUCUCCCAACUUGGCUGGCUUUCUAACUGUUUGCUUGAAUGCAGAAGCCUUGAAAUCUGUUGUCAAUGAUACAACUGCCUUAAAUGGUGGCCAGAUUCUGCUCUAUCAAGCUGGCUAUGACACAAACUUAAACAAAUCAGAAUUUCCUGCUUUGAUUGAUAAUUCCUCAGAUUCCAACUACACUUCCACUUUUUCUAGCAUAGACACCUCUAAUCCUUCAACAAGCACUAUAGACACAAUUGAAACAACCGCCUCCUUUUCAAAUUCUACAAACUCGACAACUUCGGUCACAUCUGGAGGCUAUGGGCUGGUUGUUAUAAACAAAAGAGGCUUCUUCAAUUCCAGUAACUUUACCAUAUCUUAUAACCCAAAUUUAAAAUCCUCCCAAUCAAAACUACUGAAAAACAAUUCAAAUUCAACCUCUUAUGAUCCUAAGGAAAACUUUUUUGAUUACAACACUAAUCAAAACGAUCUUGACUCACAAUCAAAAAUAUCUCUCGAAAAAAGAGCCAUUACCAACACUGUCAAUUACAUUUACCCUAUUGACAUAAACUAUAUCACCUAUGUUUUCACUCCAACUUCUCAAUUGUCAAAUAUAACUCAUACCCCAAAUUAUUAUUCAGUCAGUGAUUUUGGCUUUUUAGCAAACGCAAUAUUCUACAAUAAAUCUGGCUCCUCCACAAGUGCUCACAGCCCUGAUGGAAAUAACUUUGUAAUUGGCUACUGCAAAAUUUCAAGUGCCAUGACAAACUGGAUUGUUCUCGUCGAACAAUCAAAGGACAAAUUUAUGGGCCCUAGUAGAAGACUAACAAAAAUUAUUGUUGGAACCGUCAUUGGUGUGGCUGCCAUGAUGUGUCUAAUUGCAUACCCACUUGCUCACUAUGCUGUUAGACCCAUAAUAAGACUAAAACAACUAACUGAAGAUUUCACCUUAAAUAAAAGCGACAAGUUUGAUAACACAAACGUCAAGGUCAUUGAUAAAAAGAAUUUUUCUUCUAGCUCAAUUGAAUCUCAUAACCAAAUUUUGUACCUGAAAAAUAAACAGAAUCAAUCCCUUCGCUCAAGAAAAAAUAUUUCAAAAAGAUUGAACCCAAAAUCUCUAAUAAGAAAAUUUCACAAUAGAAAGGUUUUAAAAUAUGAAAAUCAGCCACAAAAUCACUUAAUCAAUAACCAUUUAACAAAUGAUUCUAUUAAUCAAAAUACUUCAAACACUAGUAAAAAUAUUCCUCUAAAUUUAAAACUGUUGUCUUCUUCUAUAACACCCUCUUCUCAGGAUGAAACCAAAAUUGAAGUUCUUCAACAUCCCCAUAAAGAUCCUAUUCAUGAUAUUCCAACUUCAUCAACUCUUACAUCCCAAACAUUAAAACAAAGCCCACCAAUUGACAACGAAAAUCCUACCACAUCCGAUAAUAAUGACACAUUGAACUCUCCAACAAACACUUUUGGAAGAAUACCUUCUCAUUGUUAUCCUUAUCAUGAUAACGAUGACGAUAGCAAUAUUGCCUAUAAUCGGCUGGGAAAGGCCCAUGGUAGUUUAAGUGUUCUUUUAAAGCCAUUUAUAGUGCGCGAUGAAUUGACAGAGCUAACAGAAAGGUUUAUGAAAAUGAUAAAUUUAAUUGAACAGCAAUAUAAUAACUUAGAAAUUAAAGUCAAGGAUCGAACCAAAGAGUUAGAAUUAGCUAAAGUUCAAGCCGAAGAGGCUAAUGAAGCCAAAACUGUCUUUAUGGCAAAUAUAUCUCAUGAAAUCAGAACUCCAUUAAAUGGUAUUCUUGGUUUGUGCAAAGUUGCAAUUGUUGAACUUAACAUUUUUAUGCAAGAAAACCAACAAGAGGGCCAGCAAAUUAGAAAGCAAGCAGAGAAUUUUAUUCUUCAUGCAGACCAUCAAAAUGCUUUACUUUUAAAAUCUUCAUUGCAAAGUUUUACCAACGAUGUCAAAAAUCAAAGUUUAAAAUCAUUAGACUCACUAAAAAGAUUAUUUGAUUGUGGUGAGCUAUUAUUGCAUUUACUCAAUCAGCUAUUAACAUUUUCAAAAACAAACUUAAAUAAAGUUAAACUUGAACUAAAAAAUUUUACAUUGCUAUCAUUAUGCAAGCUUGUACAAACCAUUUUUUUCAAAAAUGUUCAGGAUAUGAAAGUUAAUAUGAUCUUUGAAAUAAAUGAUGAAGAAUUGCUAAAUUGUUUUAAAAUUGGUGAUGAAAUUGCAGAUAUUCAAAGAUGGUUUAAUAUUAGAGACUUUGUUUUUUUUUCAGAUGACAAAAAAAUCUGUCAAAUAUUAAUGAACCUAGUUUCUAAUGCCAUCAAAUUUACUCCACAGGAUGGUGAAGUAAAAGUUCAGUUUAAAUUUAAAGGUGAAUGGGACGAGGAAAGAAGCAGAGAUGAAAAUUACUCUAAUGUUUACUUCAAAAAAAAAAAUGAUGUUCCUAAAUAUCACCAUAUUCAUAAACAUUCUAGAGAAUUUGAUCCUAAAGAGUCGAAUUCUCAAGAGGGAAGCUUGAUAAAAGUUCAGACUCAACAUUCGCAUAAAUCUAGUAGAAGGCUUUCAGAUGCAUCAGUAGAGUCCUCUGUUAACUCGAUGGUUGCAGAAGCUAUGAACGCCAUCCGUGAUGCAAGAAUAAUGGAAGAAACCAAUUUAAAUUUGGACAAUUGUGAUCAGGAAGAAGAUUUUAAUGAUGAAAAUUUGAUUUAUUUGGAGGAUUUAGAAGUUCCAAAGAAAUGGGUUUUUGAAUUUUCAGUUAGUGAUACUGGACCAGGAAUCACAAAGGAAUUACAGGAUGCUAUCUUUGAACCAUUUAUGCAAGGUGAUCAAACACUAUCUCGAUCUUAUGGAGGUACCGGAUUAGGAUUAGCAAUAUCCAAACAGUAUGCGGAAUUACUAAAAGGAACUCUAUCGUUGGAAAGUGAAAUCGGAAAGGGUUCAAAGUUUAUUCUUACUAUACCGUUGAUACAAAAUAAAAUUCUAUGCUUUAGAAAAAAAGAUCAUCAAGCUUCAUUUCAUAAGAAAUUUGAUUUUAUUAAUCUGAAUAUUGUUUUAGAAUCAUCUAGUAAUUCCAUUAGUUCUUCACAAAGUAUCGAAGUUUUUAGUUCGGCUGCUGAAACAAGUCUGAACCCAAAGGAAGUUUCUAAAAGUGUACAAUCAAGCCGACUACCUUCCUCAAAUCAGAUAUUGGUUACAACUGAAGAGUCUCCUGUCGGAGCGGGAAAAUCAGUCAUCAUUAAGACUUCUAAUAGUUUAAAAAGUUUGGGAUCAAGAAGGAAGUUGAACCAUGCAAAUUUGAAAUUGGAUUCUUCUUAUUUUAACAAUUCAUUAAUCUUUCCUAAUAGUUCAACGGGAACAGCCCAUUCAAAUAGAUCCUCUAGAAAAUAUGAAUCUCCAGAUAGCAUUGCAAGCAAUCCAUUUUUUAAAACCAACAAUUUGUCAUCACCUGGAAACCCAUCUGCGGUUUCACCCGAUACUUUAAUCAUUAAGAAUCAGAUACUUGAAAGUACAGAAAAUUCGGAAGGUGAUGAAAGUAAACCAGUUUACAUUAAUAUUGAUGAAAUUAAAAACAAAAAACUCAAAGAAGCAGCCAAACAACAAAAUUCCAAUAUCAGUAUUUUAAUUGCUGAAGAUAAUCAAAUCAACCAACAAGUUAUUUCUAGAUUUUUAUUCCUUGAGGGCAUUAAGUCUGUGACUGUUGCCUGUGAUGGGCUUGAGGCGAUUAAAAUAGUCACUGAAGCCAAGGAACUGAAUAAAGAACCUAAUUUAAUUUUUAUGGAUAUUCAAAUGCCAAAUUGCGAUGGCUUUGAGGCCACUAAAAUAAUUAGAGAAAAUCUAGGCUAUAGAGGAAAAAUUGUUGGAUUAAGUGCCUAUACUGAUGACAGUAAUGAAAAAAAAUGUUUAGAAAUAGGAAUGGAUGAUUUUUUACCAAAACCUAUUAAAAGAUCCACAUUAAAGCAGAAAUUAACUGCUAACUUAUCUUCAGCCAAUGUAAUAUAGAUCAAAUUAAAAUUUCAAUUCUGUUUUUAUUUAUUUUAUUUAAUUUAUUUCAUAUUUAUUCCUUAAUUUUUCUUUUUUUCUCUUUCUUUUAAUUUGGUUAUCAAAUAAUUAUUAUAUUAUUUUUAC